CAGAAUAUUCACAAUAUUAACUCACAGAAGAAAUGUAUGUUUGACAGUUAACUCUUGGAUUAGAAGAGCAAAUAGGCCUACGUUAAUUGGAUCACUACUGGCGCUACGCAGCAUAAAUAGAACACUCAAGGCAAAGUCAACAACACACUCAUCCUCCACACACCGUUUCCAGACAAGGACUCCCUCCUCUCCACUGUUUUGCUUUCCUCUGUGACGUGUGAAGAGCAGUGUCGUGAGGAUGAGGGCCCUCGCUGUGGCUGUCGUGCUGAUGGCCUCUCUGGGCGUCUUCCACUGUGCCAAAGAGGGGCCCUUUCCCGGCAUUUCUGAGGAGACCCUGAAGCAGCUGUCUAUGGAGGGUGAGAAGUACGUGGAUGAGGCUGUGAGGAAGGCCCUGUACGGCAUCAAGCAGAUGAAGGAUGUCAUGGCCAAGAACGAGGAGAAGCACAAACACCUCAUGACGUCCCUCCAGCGCAGCGGCGAGAAGAAAAAGGGGGCAGAGGAGCUCGUGGGAGAGAUGGAGAACAAGCUGGGAGAGAUGGAGGAGCGGUGCCAGGACUCGGUGGCAGCCUUCUGGGAGGACUGCAGACCCUGCCUGGAGGAGAAGUGCAAGGCCUUCUACACCUCCACCUGCAGACGCAGCUUCUCCGCCUUCACCAACAGGGUGGGCAACUUCUUCCGCAAGGUGGGCACCCACUUCGGGCCGCCGCGUCGUUCUGAGGAGGCGGUGGUGAUCGAGGACGGCCCGACGGAGAGCCCCGAGCAGGAGGCGGUGAGGAUCGAGGACUCCUUCAGCAGCCUGCUGGCGAAGGUGGGCGGCUUGGUGAGCCGCUGCGCCGUGCUCGUCUCCCGCAUGCACCGUGAGCUCGACGCCAACUUGCGCAAGACCUUUGACCCUCAGGCCCAGGCCGAGAAGAUGGAGAUGGAGAUCGCGCUGCCAUCCCCCGGCGAGGACCUGGACUCCGGCUUCCUCAAGGGUGUGGGCCUGGACGAGGUGAUGGAGUCCUUCUUCGACUUUGGCCGCAGCGUGGUGGAGGAGUUCGGCGCCGUGCUUACACAGGUGUUCGACGACAUCGGAGACGCCGCCGAGCAGGAGAAGAAGAGGGAGAGGGAGCUGUUCCCGCGCUUCCUGGAGAACAGGAAGCUGUGCCGGGCCCUCCGCAGGCAGUCCUCCGAGUGCUGGCAGCUGCAGCACCAGUGCUCCGCCUGCCAGGGCUCCACACUGUCAGAGUGCCCCAACAUCAGGGACCUCAACAUUGAGCUGGGAGAGGCAGCUGAGAUGCUGGAGGCCGCCAAGCAGCAGUACGAGGAGGUCCUGGACAUCGUGCAGCGCCACACGGACGACACGGUCACCUGGCUGAGCAACAUGGCCGCCGAGUUCGACUGGGUGACCGAGCUGGCCAGCAACAACAGUGCCCCCGACGACCUCUUCAGCGUCAUCAGAGUGCAGACACAGAUUGGUGAGGGCGAGAGCGGGCCAGACGGCAAGACUAAGGUGCAGGUGACCAUCCUGAACUCUCCGCUCCUCACGCUGUCCGUGCCAGCCGAGCUGGAGGUGGAGGGCCCUGACUUUGUCAAGUAUGUGGCCGAGGAGGCUCUGGACCAGUUCAAGCAGAGGGUCCGGCCAGGAGAUGACAAUUAAGAAUGAUGAUGAUAUUCUUCAGUGGUGUAGAUCAAUGUUCGGGCACAGAAAACUGCAGGGAGCACCAACAAAAACGACAAAAAAGAGAAACCCUAUGUAUUUUCCUAGACUUCAUGGGUUCCAAGUUAAAUUACAGGCAAUGUCUGAAGUCUUGUGUGUGUGUGUGUCCCACUCUUGCCCGGCAGUGUGAAUGUGUGGCUCAUGCAUUUGGCACGUUAGACUACAAUUUGCUCACCCAGUCAAAUUAAGGCUCCAUGUGUUAAACUAAAUAAAUUAUUUUCCAUAUACAGUGUAAGUCACUUAUUUAAUGUUAUGGCUAGCAUUUGAACCUGAUGUGAACAGUGACCCGUAUUGUGCCAUGUAGAAUAAACAUCGUUGUGUUGGAAUGGACUCUGAAAGUGCUUUGAGUGGAAAAAAGAAGGAACUACAGCAUAUGAAUCGUCACCUUUUAACUGUCCUGUCCUGGGCAUGCAUUUGUAAAUGAAUGGGGUUUGUGGACACUUUUUGGGCAAUGUUACCAGUGCACAGAAAGGACACGCCACAGACCACAAAGCAGGUAAAAGCAUUACAUAAAAGUUUAUUAUGUCACUGUACAAUUUCUUCAGAUUAGUAAGUGUAGCCAUCUCGGCUGCCAAGCCUCAUACCCAGGGCGUUGUGAUCUAGCACCUUCCAUUUAAUCUUUAUUGGAGCUCUAAAAAAGAGAAUUUCACACCAUAGCCCUUUUCAAAAAUGAGAUAAUAAUGUCUGGGGAGAAGGGGGAUGGGGCCAUGACAGACAAGGCUGAUAUGUGGUUUUCUGCUAGAAUGACAUUGCAAUUACCCCCUGAAGACUAAAGUGUCACAGUACAGUUUGACAAAAAAAAAACCCAAAGACUCUCCACCUCUCUUAUCUCAGUAGGAAAAACAGUAAAUUGGGUUAAUUUGACCAAGAAACGAGUGGUGAGACUUGCCCAUUGCUUCUCCCAUAGGCAUUACAGGUUCUGUCUAGAAAGACUACAGCACAACACAUCGUCUGGGCACAGGUAGUAAAACAUCCAUUCCAUAGACAUCCAUCUGUGUUCCUUUGGGCAGCCCACUCCACACAUCUUCUCCACUUAAGUAGGACGUACAGUGCACAGACAUACCUUAAGAUGUGCCUCGCCCACCUUAAUCACGUACCACAGCAUUACACAAAACACAGGAAACACAUCUGAUACAGAGAGGAAAACACUUUCUUAUAACCUUCUUCCAAACCAAGUCACAAAUUAAGUUUCACGAUGGACAAGCCAUUUCCAGAUCUAAUAAAAGCUGACACUAAAGCUGCAAUCGAGACGAAAUCAUCUCUUCGCAGGCACAGUCUAUAUAUGACAAUGGACAGGUCGUUCUGCUGGUGAUAGCGAUGAAUUCAGGGUGGAAUGUGGAUGAAACACAUUUGGCGGUUUUUGAAUGCUCCUCCUCCAUAUCUGUGCUUGUAUGUGGCCAAAAAGCCUGUAUGAAAUACUCUUCUACCAUACACAGAAAAACCAUUAGAGGGAGUGCAAAUUCUCUGUGGCUGAGGCUUCUAGGUGAGAGGAGAGGUCACCUCAAUGGAACAAUGCCAGUACUGGGCGAGGGACUGACUGCAGUGGCCAACUCUCAAUAUUAAUGGCCAUAGAGUCUUUUCAUGACUGAGGCAUCAAGACAUUAUCCUUUGAUGGGGCCAACGCGACCACCUUUAUAUAAUUUACUUUUGGCAAAUUGUAUUUAUUGAAAGCAGUCUUUAGGAUUAAUUUCACAGGGUAAAAUGUUAGGUUGAUGAGGUCUAUUAAAACACCCAUUUAGGCUAGUGGAUUUAGUGAUUGGUGCAAUUUCUGAGGGCUGCAUCACAUUGAACCCUAGCAAGGAAGAUUUCGUUGGGGAAGAUUUGGAUGCAGUGAAACGCAGAGACAUUUGACUUAUAUAUUGAUUUCAUGCUUGUACGUUGCUAGAUGCAUACUGGUCAAUCACAUGAGUUCUGCACCAUUAGAAUCAUUUUAUUCAUACUUCACUUUUUACACCUGGAAAUGUUGGCUGCAGAUUUACAGAUUGUUCCAAAACAAAAUGGCAACAAAACUUGCUUUUUUGUUUAAUACAAAGGUUCUGUAGAUCAGCCCUUCACAGCCCUCAAAAUACAGCUAUUUUAUGAGAUAUGAUUCAAUUUGUCAAGAUGUCAAUAUAUAUUUUCAAUCUGAGAAAGAAAAUGUCUUACAGUUUUAUUCUUAAAAAUCCACUCAUAAUUUGCCACCAGUGUAGAAAAAGCAAACACAUACAGACAAGCAACACUCAAUCUCUGCAAUUCUACCCCAUGGAUCCCCCAUUUAAAAAAAAAUCAAAUGCAUAUGCUUUCAAAAACCCAUUUCCCACAAUUUAUUCAGAAUACAUUCAAAAUGGCUACUGUCCUCACUUGCCUCUUGAUUCACUCAGCACUUCAUGUUUGUCCCUCUCACACAUUGGGCCCUUCUCAAAACCUAGUGCAGUGCACUUCCAAGUGUAUCAGCCUAAUUAGUCACGCCCAGUGAUUGGAUACUCUUUGGUGAACUCUACGGAAUAUCCAAUCACUGGGUGUGACUGAUACACUGGGGAGUGCACUGCACUAGGUUUUGAGAAGGACCCAUUACCUCACUCCACACACAUCAGUCGCAGGACAAGAUCUCCCAUGAUCUACCACAGUUAAUUGGUCACUUGAUAAAAACUCACUAUUGACACUAAACAAAAGAAGAGAAAGGGAAAAAAAGCAAUCAAAUAAAACUGAAAGGACUACACACUCAUUAUCCUCAGUCUGUCAUUUUGUUCAUUAAUAAUAAUAAUAAAAAAAGAAUUUAGUGUGUUGUCAAAGAAAAUAAAAAAAUUGUAAAAACAGAAAUGAAGUUUCAUAGAAAGUAAGUAUACCUUUGUGCAAUUGUGAACCAGCCAUUGCCUUUUUGUUUAGUUUCUUGCCCCUUAUCCCACUUCAGCAGCAAUCUUAGUGUUCGCGCCCCCCAAUCUGCACGGUGUAGCUACAGAAGGGGCAAGCAUGAAAAUAAGUGACGAAUCAUUUUCAAGUCAUCAAACACACAGGUUUUGCAGAAGUCUCCUCAAAGCACAUUUUGCCUGCACAUUGUUCAAAUUGGCUUUGAGAAGAGGGGGCUGGGUGGCACAUGACCCCAUACUUACGGUGGGCAGGGCACAAGAACAUCCAUAACAAUUGUUCAAUCCACAUCAAAGAAAAAAAAUGAACUAAAAAAAAAAGAAA